AUGUCGGCAACCCUGCCCGCCGUCAGCCUCGCGUCGGGCGAGAGCAUGCUCGCGCAGGGCCCUGAGGAGCUCAACCGCUUCAUGGCUUCCACGCUUGAGCUCGCAAUCGGCAGCGAGAUGACGCAGCUCGAGGUGCGCUACAAGAAUUUGUCGGUGAUGGCCGACAUCACGAUCACUGAGGACGUCACGGCCAAGUCGGAGCUGCCGACGCUCUUCAAUACGGUGGCCAAGGCGCUCGCGCGCAUCUCACCCAUGCGGCGCGUGGUCCGCAAGGAGAUCAUCAAGAACGCCAGCGGCUUGUUCAAGCCGGGCACCAUCACACUCGUGCUUGGGCAGCCUGGGUCAGGUAAGUCGGCCUUGAUGAAGAUGCUGUCGGGCCAAUUCCCAGUGGAGAGCAACAUCGCGGUGGAGGGCGAGAUCACGUACAACGGCGUGCUUCUGAAGGAGAUCAUCGAGCGCGUUCCCCAGUUCGUGGAGUACGUUCCGCAGACGGACCGACACUUCGCCACGCUGACAACGCGCGAGACUCUGGAAUACGCGCACAAGUUCGUCGUUGGCGGCCUCGUUGAGAAAGGCGCGGAGACUUUUACCAAGGGCUCGGUCGAGGAGAACCUGGCAGCGUUGGAGGCGGCCAAGGCGUACUACAAGAACUACCCGGACAUCGUCAUCGGCCAGCUUGGUCUUCAGGACUGCGAGAACACAGUCAUCGGCAACGCACUGGUUCGAGGCGUGUCGGGUGGAGAGCGCAAGCGAGUGACCACAGGCGAGAUGGAGUUUGGUAUGAAGUACGUGAGCCUCAUGGACGAGAUCAGCACUGGUCUCGACAGUGCGGCGACGUUCGACAUCAUUUGCACGCAGCGUAAUAUCGCCAAGACGUUGCACAAGGCGGUGGCGAUCUCGCUGCUUCAGCCGGCGCCCGAGGUGUUCGCUCUGUUCGACUACGUGCUGAUCAUGAACGAGGGUGAAGUUAUGUACCACGGCCCUCGAGACCAAGUGCUCCCGUACUUCGAGAGCCUGGGGUUCAAGUGCCCUCCGGACCGCGAUAUCGCCGACUACCUGCUGGAUCUCGGUACGCGUUUGCAGCAUCAGUACGAGGUGGCGCUCCCUGUCGGAAUGAUCAAGCAUCCGCGUGCUGCCAGUGAGUUCGCCGAGCACUUCGUCCAAUCCCGUGUUUACGCUGACCUGGUCGGCAUGAUCGAGGCUCCGAUGGAACCAGAGCUAGAGAAGCACAUGAGCGAGUACAUGGACCCCGUGCCGGAGUUUCGUAAGGGUUUCUGGCAGAACACGGCGGCUCUGAGCGUCCGCCACAUGACGAUUUUGUGGAGGAACAAGGCGUACGUUGCCAGUCGAGUGGCCAUGACGUGCAUUAUGGGAUUGAUCUACGGCAGCACCUUCUACCAGGUCGACCCGACGAAUGUGCAGGUGAUGCUGGGUGUCAUCUUUCAGGCUGUCAUGUUCAUGUCGUUGAGUCCAGGCUCGCAGAUCCCCGUGUUCAUGGAGGCCCGCGAGAUCUUCUACAAGCAGCGAGGCGCCAACUUCUACCAGACGGCGUCGUACGUCAUCGACUACUCGAUCGCACUGAUGCCUCCGUCCGUCUUCGAGAUUCUCAUCUUCGGAUCACUUGUGUACUGGAUGUGCGGCUUCGUGGCGAACGUCGGCGCGUACUUUAUCUACCUGACCCUGCUGGUGCUGACCAACCUGGUCUUGUCGACGUGGUUCUUCGCUCUGACUGCCAUGUGCCCGAACCUGGACAUUGCCAAGCCCAUGUCGUCCUUCUCGAUCGUCUUCAUCAUCCUUUUCGCGGGCUUCCUCUACUGGCUCAACCCGAUCGGGUGGUGCAUGCGCGCGCUGUCGGUGAACGAGUACCGGUCAUCCAAGUACAAUGUGUGCGAGUACGGAGGCAUCGACUACUGCUCCAAGUUCAACAUGAACAUGGGCGAGUACUACCUGGACCAGUUUGGCCUCUGGACGGGCGCCAUCUUCUUGAUCGUCUUCUACGUAUUGUUGUUGGCUCUGAGCACGUAUCUGCUCGAGUAUCGUCGAUACCUGGCGCCUACGAACAUUCAGCUUCUACCCAAAGAGAUCGAGGACGAAGCUCAAGACGUCUACGCGCUGGCCACGACGCCCAAGCACUCGGACGAUACCAACUCGGACACGUCUCACGAUGACGUGAUGGUGGGCGUUCCUCGACGCGAGAAGAGCUUCGUCCGCGUCACCAUCGCGUUCACAGUCUUGUGGUACACAGUCCCCGACCCGACGAACCCGAAGGAGGGUCACGACUUGCUCAAGGGCAUCAACGGUUGUGCUACGCGUGGCACCUUGACAGCAUUGAUGGGGUCCACAGGCGCUGGUAAGACGACACUGAUGGACGUCAUCGCUGGGCGUAAAAAGGAGGGCACGAUCCAGGGCAAGAUCUACUUGAACGGGUGUGAGGCCAAUGACCUGGCCAUCCGUCGUGCGACCGGGUACUGCGAGCAGAUGGACAUCCACUCGGAGGCGUCCACGAUGCGUGAGGCGUUGACGUUCAGCGCGUUCUUGCGCCAAGACAGCAGCGUUCCCGACAGCAAGAAGUACGACACCGUGGAAGAAUGCCUCGACCUGCUGGACAUGCACGACAUUGCGGACCAAAUUGUGCGUGGCAGCUCUCAGGAGCAGAUGAAGCGACUGACAAUUGGGGUGGAGCUGGCUGCGCAGCCAAGUAUAUUGUUCCUGGAUGAGCCCACGAGUGGCCUGGACGCUCACUCGGCGAAGGUGAUCAUGGACGGAGUGCGCAAAGUGGCAGACAGCGGACGGACCAUCGUAUGUACGAUCCACCAGCCGUCAUCCGACGUCUUCUUCCUGUUCGACCACCUGAUCCUGCUCAAGCGCGGCGGUCAGUCGGUGUUCGUAGGCGAGUUGGGCGAUAGAUGCCAGAAGCUGGUCAAGUAUCUGGAGGCAAUCCCAGGUGUCAAGCCGUGUCCACCGAAGCAGAACCCCGCGACGUGGAUGCUCGAGGUGAUCGGUACCGGAGUGAGCAGCGGUCGCGCUCGAGACCUCGACUUUGUCGACAUUUUCUCCAAGAGCCAGGAGAAGCGCAUGAUGGACGACAUGCUGCAGCAGCCUGGCAUCACGACAGUGUCCCCCGACUGGCCGGAGGUGACGUUCACGAAGAAGCGCGCGUCCAAGGGCUCGACGCAGCUGUACUUCCUGAUGAAGCGGUUCUUCGCGCUCUACUGGCGCACACCGGCGUUCAACUUGACCCGGUUCGCCAUCGUGCUCGGCGUCGCCAUCAUCUGCGGCUUGGCCUUCUUGAGCGUAGACUACUCGACGUACAGCGGCCUAAUGGGUGGUGUUGGUCUGGUGUUCAUGUCGACGCUGUUCAUGGCUAUGGCUGGAUUCAUGGACACCCUCCCCGUGUACUCCAACGACCGCGCCGCAUUCUAUCGGGAGCGCGCAUCGCAGUGCUAUAACUCGCUCUGGUACUUCGUGGCCACGACCGUGGUGGAGAUCCCCUACGUGUUCGGCCAGUGCCUGCUGUUCACGGUCAUCUUCUACCCGAUGGUGGGCUUCCAAGGUUUCGCGACGGCGGUGCUCUACUGGGUGCACGUGUCGCUCUUCGUGCUGGGCCAAAUGUACUUCGCCCAGCUGCUGAUCCACGCGUUCCCGAGCAUCGAAGUGGCUGCGGUCAUGGGCGCACUCAUCAACUCGAUCUUCCUGCUGUUCGCGGGCUUCAACCCGCCGUCGUCGUCCAUCCCCGAGGGCUACAAGUGGCUCUACACGAUCGUGCCCCAGCGGUUCAGCGUCGCCAUCUUGACGGCGAUUUACAAGAACAUCGGCUCAAACCUCGGCUGCCAACCUCUGACCGAGGCCCCGAUCACUGUGUCGCACACGACGACGGUCAAGGGCUUCAUCGAGGGGACGUUCAGCUACAACUACAACGACCGCUGGUCCAACUUCGGCUACGUGUUCGCGGCCAUUUUUAUCUUCCGCGUGCUGUCGAUGCUGUCCCUGCGCUACAUCAACCACACGAAGAGAUAG